AGACGUGAUAAAAGUGUUAAAACUGAUACAUCCGGCGAAUCCUGAGAAGUUCCGACUAAGGUCGAAGAAAAAUUAAACAAUUCCGACAGAGGUCGAGGAUAAGCUCCGACAAUCUGACGACGGCCAAGACGGUGUUCCGGCUAAUUGUAUUUUCGGAAAUAAAUAUUUGCGGGUGAGCCCAGUUAUUUUCAAUCGGUGAGUCGUUUUUAUUCUUUUUUAAAUUGAAAAUCGUUUAACCAUAUUAGUACAAAACAGUUAAUAUAGUGCCAUUUUCUUUUCUUUUUCCUUUUUAACAAUUUCAAAGAUGGCUAAUAUGGUUACGACAAUUGAGCCGUACCGUAAGGGUACAUCCUUCUCCGAUUGGGAGGAGAGGCUCGGUUAUUAUUUUAUCAUGAAUAAUGUUACAGACGAAUCCAAAAAGGCCCAUUUUGUGACACUGGGUGGUCCCAUAAUUUUUUCAGAACUCAAAUUAUUAUUUCCAAAUGGCAAAUUGGUGGAAGCACCAUAUAAUGAAAUUGUGGCCAAGUUAAAAUUGCGUUUCGAUAAAGUAGAAUCAGAUUUGAUUCAGCGUUUCAAAUUUCAUCAGCGAGUACAACAGCUAGAUGAAACGGUGGAAGAUUUUAUAUUGGCGAUAAAACUCCAAGCAGAAUUCUGCACUUUUGGAGACCACAAACAUACUGCUAUUCGAGACAGGGUAGUUGCUGGUUUGAAAGACAAAGCUCUCCAGCAAAGACUCCUUAAUGAGGAUAAUCUCACACUCGAAUCAGCGGAAAAAAUCAUAGCAACGUGGGUGAUCGCGGGCUCGAACGCUAGAGUUCUUGAUGCUGCUAAUGGAAAUAUGCUAAACAGAGCAACUAUAGUGGAUAAUCCCACUAACAGUCCGGCUAUAAAUGUCUUACAUCGAUUUGCAAAUGCAACAAGACUUCAAAAAAAUCAAGAUCCAAGGGAAGGUAGCUCAAGGGGGCCGGUAAAAAGCCGUUUAGGGUAUAUGGACCGAAAAGUGCACUUCAACAAUUAUAACCAAAAUGGUUUGAAUAAAAAUUUUAAAAAAUUUGAACGAUUCCGACCUGAUUUUUCAAACAUGAUUUGCACAUUUUGUAAGAAAAAAGGGCAUAUUAAAAGUAAAUGUUUUGCCUUGAGGAAUCUUAGAAAAGAUACAGUAAAUGUUGUAAACACAUUUAGCCCUGGACCUAGUGCGGACAGACAUUUAAGCGACCUACUGAACAGAAUGACGACGGAUUUGAGGAAUGCAUCCGACAGCGAGGAGGACAAAGAUUACCAUUGGAAACGUCCGGGCAGAGGCCCAUCGGGACCAAAUAAGGGUCCAAUCGAAGUUAUGUAGACCGAAUCUUCUCGUUACGGCUCCAUCUGAGAAGCAAUCGAGAAACAUGGAAGAGGAAGACGAAGAGUUUUAUGGAUUUCCCGAAAUCGGCGAAGCACAGUCUAGGAAAUCAUCGAGAAAGCGCAAAUUAGAAGAGACCUCAAUGGGUCAAUCGAACGAUUUUCCUAGGCGUUCGAAGCGGAAGAAAACGGCAAAGGCUGGAAAUGAUUUCAUUUAUUAUUGAAUUUUUCAAACAUUUGAAUUCGAAUAAAUUAAGUAAAUAAUAUUGUAAAAUAGUUAAAUUACAUACUAAGCUAAUGUAAAUCAAAAUUUGUUAAUGAACUUUUUUAAAAGGAUAAGAGUUGUUAUAUACUGUUAUAUAACUUAACGAAGAAAAGAUAUUUAAAGAGCCGAGAUACUGGCAACACUGUAUAAAACAGUGAAACUAAAAUAAAGAUCACUCGAGAGUAGCGAGUCAGUUGCUUACAGACUA